AUGGUGUCGUUUUCCUGCGAGGGCUGUGGCGAUGUCCUCACCAAGAAGAAACUUGAUCCCCACCGCGGUCAGUGUCGCGGCGCAUCCUUUACUUGCAUUGACUGCAUGGUUCAUUUCAAUGGCACCGAGUACAGGUCGCAUACGAAAAACCGAACAAAAAAGAAGAACCAAAACAACACACCAAAUAAGAACGGCAAUCCAAAUGCGCGCAGCCAGCAGCCCAAGGUUGAGGAUGCUCCCGAUGUCGACCUGGUGGAGCCCAAGUUGACCGACACCUUAGCCCCUCCACCGGCACCAACCCCUCCCCCUGUCUCUCAAGCAAAGCCAACCUCAGAGGCUAUGACCAAGCCGGUCAACGUCUUUGACUAUUUGGUGACUGAUGAGACGCCCAAUGCCUCCAAGGUUUCUCUUGCUGCUCCCAAGGAGCAAAUGGCCAUGGUUGACCAUGCGCCAUCCGUGUUUGAACCCAGCAAAGCUUUAGCCCAUCUGGACACCAAAUCCGACGACGAAGGUAAUUACGACAUAGCAUAUGAAGAAAACGGUUUCUCAUACGGCGCGGAACCCAUUCCACCCUCUCUCUAUCCCAAUCAGCUUCCUAAUAUCUCUACAGAGUUCGUGACUCCAGCGCCAAAGAAAAAGAAGGACCGCCGCAAGGAAGACAAGCGUGCGUCGGUCUCCGCUAGUGAGAAGAAACGCAAGCGUGGACAAGAAGAUCAUCUCAGCACCCCUGCGAAUCACGACAUUGACACCCCUAUGGUCGACGCCCCCUCCAGCGUAAUCAACAAUGCCGGCACCCCCCUCCUCAACCAUUCCGGCCUGACUGGCGGCUUGAACCGCAUGAUGCGAUCCCCCUCGCAGGAUUUCGACGGCUCUCCUGAAGUGGGCCGUCAAAUCCUCCAGGAUGCAUCUUCGCCUAUCAAGCGCAGCCGCCGUAACGGCAAAGAAACCAACGGUAAGGAAUCGAACGGCAACGGCGACCCCGGUCUCGGCAUCUCGAUCAAGAAUCGUGCCGAGCGUCUUGUUUCUUCCAUGUUCGGAGGUACAGGAUCCGUCGUCUCCGGAAGUAGCGGCGGCGGGACGGAAAACUCUCGCGCGCUCGUACGUCCUCGGCGCGGCAGCGACUCGAGUGCAGACAUGCAGCUCGAAGUGCGCAAAAAGAAGUCUGGUCGCGCACGCAAUGCGUCUGACCAGUAUGCUGAGGUCCGCAAGUCCAAGCGUAAGAGCAGCAACCCCAAUGACGGUGAUCGGCCUUCCCGUCGCCAGAAGCAGUCUGAUGAGCGCCGCCGCUCUGACUCGCGAUCCCCCCGUCGCGAUAGCCGGCAAGUCACUGUCUACAAGCGCUCUCAGCCACCUGCGCGCAGGGAAGAAGAUCCUUUGAUGCGUGAGAUGGCAGAGCAUUUCCUCUCACUCGUGUCUCGCGAUUCUGAGCGCGGCUGCUCAAUUCAUAAAGCAUUGAAGCGCUUCCACCGUGACUUCGAUAAUGGCUAUGAAGCUGAUCGCGAACGUCAAGGCGAUGAUGAGAAGGAUCUCUGGCGCUCUUUGCGACUACGCCGGAAUGAUCGCGGUGAGAUUGUUGUUUUCGUGUAA